AGCCAUGUUGGCUCAAGGGCGAUUUGCGCCCCACCCGGCCAGCGGCCAUGAACUUCGUCAAGUUCAUGACGGAUGCAGCGGCGAGACAUUUGCACCAACCGUUGCCUGCCGAACCGAGGGCACUGGCCGAUUCGGCGGACGCUGUGGAGGCGAGCUUGCCCGAGGCACUCGCAAUAGGCGUGCUGGGAGCGUGCUCAAUGCAGGAGGCACUGCUCCGGCUACGCCUCGAGCUACGUGCCGCGGCGGCCUUCGACCUUCUGCUGUCUGAGCCUUUUGCGCAUUGGCGACGGCUCGCUGCAGAACGCAGAGCUGCCGCUGACUCGCUGCUCGCAGCGGAGCUACAGGCCGCAGCCGCGUCACUGGGCUGCGCUAGCCCUCCCACCGCGCCAGCCCCGACACCAGGAACCCCGCGCAGUGCAUCUGAGAGCACGAACGCGUUGACGCAGGCCCCCGCCGUGCAGAGCCCGGCCGGCCGAUCGUCCCCCUCUGGCGGAUGCUCGGAGGAGGAUGUGUGCAGCACGGCCAGGGAAGGCGGUCUGGCGGGCGCCCCAGUGAGCGCAGCCUUUCGCCCAAGAGUGGCGGUCGCCGCUUCCACGCUGGCGGCCCUCAUGGCGGCGCUGCAGACGCAACAGCAUCCAGGUCUGGGUCUCACACUGGCUGACGUUGGCAUUGCAGAGGCGUGGUGGCUCCAGGACCUUGGUCUGCCCCACGCAGAGGCCAGCGGGGCCUCUCUGCGGUUGGCCGCGGACGCCUUUCUGCGGGAGCCGUGCGUCCUGGCAGAAAGCGUUGCUUCUGUUGAUACGGCAUGGCACGAGCACAGCAAGCAGGAGCGCGAUGUUGCUUCGACGGUCCUCAGCAGCAGCAGCGACGCGGCCCAGGUGCUAGCAUGUCUAGGGAGGCUCCGCGCGACAGCGAGGGUGCCCCCGAGCUGCGGCGAAACCAGACGGGACAGCGCGGGCGGCACCUGCAGGGCCAGCAGCCCAGGAUCAUCGCAGGCCUGCGCUGGAGACAGGAGCUCAGAACUGACGGCGCCCGCUGGCCCCGCAGUGAGCUCGGAGGAGGUUAUCGCCACCCCGCGGGGGCCAAGCGGCAGCAGCAGCCCGCGCGAGCGGCGAGACCAGGCAACCAGCGGCGCCAGCUUUGCUGGCCUAAGCCCCAGCCUCCCGCCCGGCGGCCUUUGCAGGGCCACCAGUGGCGCGGGUGACCUUGCUGCACCUCUGCGCCGGCCCUGCUCCCGCCGCAGCACGGCCCGUCGCCAGGGCUCCGCCGCCUGCGAGGGCGGCGCUGGCGCGGAGCUCGGCGGAGACCCCGCGAGUCCCAUGGCAGGGCCGCGGUCGGGGGCGGUGCUUCCUCAGGCCGCCCUGGUCGCGCUGCUCGCUGCUGCAACCGCCCGCUGCUGUACGCAGGGUCAGCGAUAGACCUCUCCCAGGACUCGCGGGCCUCUUCGCCCGCGGCCACCAGCCGCGCCUCGGAGUGGUCCAGCCCUUGGGCGCCCAGUGGCGGCAGCGACGAAGGCCUCCGGCCCGAGGCUGCCAGCGAGGCGCUCUUCGACGCCCGCGUCGGAGGAGGGGCUGCCGAGCCGCGGGCGGGGGCCACGGCACCACCCGCGGGCACCAGCCCCCCGCGGCGCUCCACGGGGGGCCCCGCGGGCCUCCUUCCUGCAGGCAGUGGCCCCACCGAGGCGCGCCGAGGGCCCCCCCCGAGAGGAGCGGCCGCAACGCCCGCGGGAGCCGCCGCAGCGGCGGGCCCCGGGCCCUGGCGGCGCUCCGCGGAGGCCCCCGCGGGCCUGGCAGGAAGUCCCGGCCCCGUGGAAGCACGCCGCGGGCCCGCCCUGGGGUGCAGCCACGGGCCGCCGGCAGGCUUCGCCGGCAGCUCGGAGCAGCCCCC